AGUAGCUACCAGAGUCCAAUAGUUGUACAAGCAGAAGAGAUGCUCUGCCUUACGCGUCAGUGUUUGACUGCGCAGUCGCGGCUUCACUGGGCACUGAAAGUGAAUGCCAAAAGAAGAGAAAAAAUGGCUCUCGAUAAUUUCCUCUUUGCCCAGUGCAUCUUAUAUUUUCUGGCUUUUCUCUUUGGCUUUAUCGCUGUGGUGCCAUUAUCUGAAAACGGCGAUGAUUUCCAGGGGAAAUGCCUUCUGUUUACACGAGGGAUGUGGCAGAACGAGAACAUCACCGUGGAAAAGCAAAGGUUUAUUGUGGAGGAAUGGGGACCCGAGUCGUCUUGCCGUUUCAGCACUUUCGUUGGGAUAGUAUCUCUCAUCUUAUCCGCAGUGCAGGCUUGCAGAAUACUCUUCUACCUCUGCAAGGGUCAUGAUGACUCCUUCUUUUAUGCCUUCAUAAAUCUUCUGGUAAGCUCCUUUGUGGUUUUUGUAAUCUUCGUUGCUAGUACAAUAGUCAGCGUGGGAUUUAAUAUGUGGUGUGAUGCCAUCACAGAAAAUGGAAGUAUGCCAAGCAGCUGUGAAGACCUGCAGGAUACUGACCUGGAAUUUGGUCUUGACAACUCCUCUUUUUAUGACCAAUUUGCUAUUGCACAGUUUGGGCUAUGGGCUGCCUGGCUGACGUGGCUGGGAAUAACAGUCUUGGCAUUCCUCAAAGUCUACCACAACUACCGGCAGGAGGACUUGCUGGACAGCCUGAUUCAUGAGAAGGAGUUGCUGCUGGGGAGAUCAUCCCGACGGGGCUCGGAUGGAGAUGAGAAAAGUGGGAUGAUCUAAUCCCCCCAUACCCUCCUGGAGAUUGAGUUACUUAUAAACUUCCUAUCACUGUAUGGGCGGGUGGUUGACAUCUAGCUGAAACCAUCUUGAUGAUUUAGUCUCUUAUCCACAAGCGGGAGUACUUUAAGAUUCAUAAAUCAUCCAAGGACCUUGUGUAACAUUGCUAAGCCUAUACAGAUGGUUACGAGAUUUAAGUGAAAACAUGUUAUUGUUUCCUACAGCAUGAAUUGAAUUAUUUUUUAAAAAGAUGGAGCAAUUUUAAAAUGUGGAACAAAUGGCUCACAUGGAUCACUAAGAGCAAAAUUCACAUUAAUGGGGCAAAUUAUAUAAUUCUGUAUUGGAUAAUUUAGGGAAAACACAAUUUUCCCAUUAUUUUUUGAACACCAUAUUUAAAGAAAACUAUAAAAUCAUUGAGUCAUUGUACAGUAUGUAAUACUAUAGUUGCUUCCACAUUAGGCAAAUUAACCAGAUUGGUCAUUCAGCACUAAAUACAAUACUUUCCAAUAUAUUUUCUUCAAACUGGCAUCAUUGCUGUAAUGCUCAUCAAGUUCUUCAGUUUUCUAAAUUACUUUGUAAACAGGUAUUUUACAAAUUGGUCCACCUCUUUCCUGCAAGUGCUGUGGUAGUGGAAGUUUGUAAUCCACAAAACUCCUUAAAACACUUUCAUGGUUGGUUAAGCCUUAAGAGCAAUAUACCCCACUCUCUAUAUUAAGGGAGCCAAGUAUUUUGCAUGCUGCAGUAAGAUGUGGUGUGUGCUUUGGCAGUGUCACUUGUAUGAUAAAACAUUUGUGUUGAGAACUUUGUUAAGGAUGUGAUAGAAAUUGUACGAAAAUAUUUUGAAUGAUCUCCUUGCAUCUCUAGCAUUCUUUAGUUUUGAGUAUUAUCAAAAGUUUCUUAAUGUUUUAUGGCUCAUAUCCUAGAAAGUAGCAUGACUAAAUAGGAUUUUUCCUAACGUUGCUCUGUCAGCACAAUCCCAUUUGGUUGUGACUGCAUUGUUUUCGCUUUGAACCCUUGUCUCUCAGCAUGGUGGCAAUUUCUGUAGCACUCAUCAGUAACGUGUAUUCAAUGGUUUCAAUGGAUAAGUCACUUGGUGAUGCUUUUCAGCCUGUCCAGGAAACCUGUAGCUAAAUGUGUGGAAUGCAAUUUGGCUCUUUCUUAACAAGGUUUGAAAUAUGCUGAGAUAAUUUAUUGUAGGUUUAGCCUUCGCUUACUAAGUAUAGAUUUUUUUUUUAUUUAAAUAUAUACAGUACUAUAGAUAUGCAGGUACUUCCCUGGAAUGUCCAAUUAACAACACUUAAAUUAGUGUACUGUAUUUGUAGCCUUUUGGCUUUGGACAGAAAACGUUUAAGACCUUUAAGCACUUGCUCAUCUUUUCAGUAACCAUAUGUCGAUAGCUUAUGAAAUACAGUGUACUGUACAUGUACCCAAGAAUUUCAGCAGAGGGCAUUGUGCUUAAAAGUUCUAACUUACCAUGACAUGGAUAAAGAAUCUUUAAAUCUUUACCACGUCGAAGCCCAACAAGCAAGAUGGGCCAAACAAACAUUUCUUGUUUAUUAUUUGUAUCGGUUAUGUUUCUAAGAAGUUUCUUAUAUUUUGAUUAUUCCAUAACAAAACGGGGGCUUCUGUACAAUAUAUUUUGCAUAAAUCUUGCCAUUUCUGAUUUCUCAAAGGAUUCUACAGUAAUGAUCUGGAUUUAUAUUACAACAAUUAUUAUACAAUUUAUUUUGUGGCACAAGCAUAAUUUAAAUACAUGCUCAUGAAUGAUACUCAAAUAUUAAAUAAUAUUCUAGGGAAGUGCUCCUGACAGUGUCAGCUAUACUUUUUUCCCUCCUUUUUGUGCUUUUUUGGUUCAUCGUGAGCCCAGGUCAAUGCACUGAGAUGCACCUGAUCUUGUAAUUAACUUUUACCUACUGUUCAACUUCCUUGGGUUAGCUUGACCUCAUUCGUAUCCAUCCAGUGCUAAAACUCUCCAUGAAUUUCCAGUACAGCACCUUAGAAUGCAAUUUACAGAAAAUACACAGUGCCUGCAUUUUUUCUUGGCUUUUCUUGUAUCAUCCAAUGAGACAUUCCUCAGGCACCAAACUUCAAUCACCAUUAUCCUUUUCUCCCACUGUGUUGACCAAGUUUUGAGGUGAGAUAUACAAGAGACAUUUCCUCAAUGUGUUUCUAACUUUUUUAUUUGAAAACAAAAAAGGACAAAGAAACAAUAUAAAGACAGUUCUUUUAAAAGUGGCUAAGUACAGAAUACAAUGUCAGUAAAAUACAAAAGGUAUAUAAUUUAAAGGACAGGUAUGUGAACUUGGUAAAGAUAUUUUUGUUGCUAGAAAAUCCUAACUGUUCAGCUCAAGUUUUAGCUCUGAAAUAUUCAUUAUCAAUGUCAAUAAGCAAUGUAUUCUAAUGGACAGCUAUUGCAUUGUAUUGCUUCAAAUUCUUAAGUGUAAGGCUUCCAAAUAAACUAUCCUUACAUAUAUACAGUGUAUAAAGUUUUACCUAAAACGUGGUAUGGAAAGAAAAAUUCUUAGAAACUGUUUUGUCUUCUUAUUGUUCUCAAAAUAAAAGCAUUGACAAAUUUAAAA